AUCAGAUUGAUUUUUAAAAAAAAUUAGAUUAAAAACAAUAACAGGUUGCCCAAAACGUUGAAUAUGUCCGGCCCAAUGUUUCAUGGGCUGGGCUACCCUCCAAUUUAUAUUAAUGCGAACACAUCUGCCGUUUCAACAUCUGGGAACAACAACCUCAGCCGCGACAUAUUUCUUCAGCAUCAGAGAGUGCGCGCAUCCUGUUCGAUGAAAUGCUGAAGAGAGCUAAGCCAGGAGAAAACUGCACUUCCGCUUUCAGACACCACCAGAAGCGAAGCCUAGUUAACGCAAAGGUGAAAUGGGCAAAAGACAGUGCCCUAGACGCCGCCGUAACCGGCGGCAGAGAUCUUAAAGCCGCAUCAAUUCUUCUUUCAGCCGUCGGCUCAGAGCGGCUGGGUUGGCUUCCCAUUUACCAUCUCCGCCGCCACCGGGGCCAGCUUGGCCUCCCCCUUGACCUCAAGCUCUCCACAUUCCUCCGACGAUACCCGAACAUCUUCGAGGAGUUUUAUCACCGGGAUUCUGCAGGAACUCCAGUCCCUUGCUACAGACUAACUCCCCCUGCUCUAGAAGUUCACCAAGAAGAGAUUGAGAUAAGAAAAGAGUGCCAAACUGACACUGUUAACAGGCUCAAGAAGCUUCUCAUGCUUACAAAGGAAAGAAUGCUUCCCAUACAAACACUUGAUCAGCUCAUGUGGGAUAUGGGUCUGCCGAAUGACUACGAAAAGAUCUUCACCACUAACUCUUCAGCUAUGUUCUCUUCAGUUCGUCUGCCCGAUGAUCGCGUGGGGCUAAAGCUUCUAGCUUGGGAUCACAGCUUAGCAGUUUCCCAUCUGCAAAUGAGUCAAAACGGCGCGGCAUUGGCUUUCCCCAUUGGAUUCCCAAGGGGCUUUGGGCUGAAGAGGAAGUUCAUGGAGUGGCUAGAGGAGUGGCAGUCACUACCAUACACCUCUCCCUUUGCAGACCCCUCAUGUUUGGACCCACGCACGGAUGUUUCAGAGAAGAGAAACGUGGGAGUCUUCCACGAGCUUCUGCACCUCACACUACACAAGAAGACUGAGAGGAAAAACACAAGCAAUCUCCGAAAACCGUUGGGCUUGCCUCAGAAGUUCACCAGAAUCUUUGAGAGGCACCCUGGGAUUUUUUACAUUUCAAAGAAGGGCGACACCCAAACGGUCGUCCUCAGGGAGGCGUACGACCGCGGGCGACUCAUUGAGAGGCACCCUCUCGUUGGUCUGAGGGAGAAGCUGGCGGGUAUGAUGGACCGAGGGUUCUUGGAUCGAAGCCGGGGUUUGUACAGAAAGGAAAAGGAAAUCCAUGGAGGCUUAGAUGAAGAUUCAUUCACUGGUGAAAGAAAUAGGUGUGAAUCUGAUGAGGAUUCGGAUUUUAACUUCCUUUCUGAAUAUUUAUCUGACUAAAACCAAAAGAGGGUAACAUUUUCUUUCAUGUAUUCUAACAUGUUUAUAAAUAAAAAAACUUACGGCGUAUGUUUUUCUUUGCCAGUCACUUUUACCCUUUGCGUUUAGAAAAAAAAUGGAUAUUAAGAGUGCAUUUUUGUAGGAGAUUCUUGAAAGAGUUGAUUUCGAAUUUCAGAACGAGUCAUUUUUUGGGAAGAAAAUGAAAGAAAAUCAUUUUUUUUCUUUUCCUUUCUGAUUCGUUUAACCAAACAUAUUGUUAAUAUACAACAGAAGAAUGG